UGAGGGGCGGGCGGGAGAGCGUUCCGAGCGGCGGCAUGGCGGGGCGGCGGGUGAACGUGAACGUGGGCGUGCUGGGCCACAUUGACAGCGGCAAGACGGCGCUGGCGCGGGCCUUGAGCACCACGGCCUCCACCGCAGCCUUUGACAAGCAGCCGCAGAGCCGCGAGCGCGGCAUCACGCUGGACCUGGGCUUCUCGUGCUUCUCGGUGCCGCUGCCCGCGCGCCUGCGGUCGGCUCUGCCGGCGCCUGAGGCGGAGCCCGAGCUGGGCGAGCCGCUCCUUCAGGUCACGCUGGUUGACUGCCCGGGGCACGCCUCCCUCAUCCGGACCAUCAUCGGCGGGGCCCAGAUCAUUGAUUUGAUGAUGCUGGUCAUCGAUGUGACCAAGGGGAUGCAGACCCAGUCAGCGGAAUGCCUUGUGAUUGGCCAGAUUGCCUGCCAGAAGCUGGUCGUGGUGCUGAACAAAAUAGAUCUCUUAGCCGAAGGAAAAAGACAGGCAGCAAUUGAUAAAAUGACCAAGAAAAUGCAGAAGACCCUAGAGAACACCAAAUUCCGAGGUGCACCAAUUAUACCUGUGGCGGCCAAGCCUGGGGGACCAGAGGCCCCUGAAACUGAAGCCCCGCAGGGCAUCUCGGAGCUCAUUGAGCUCCUGAAGUCCCAGAUUUCCAUCCCGACGAGAGACCCCUCAGGACCAUUCCUCAUGUCUGUGGACCACUGUUUCUCCAUCAAGGGCCAAGGCACUGUGAUGACAGGGACCAUCCUCUCAGGCUCCAUCAGCCUCGGUGACAGUGUGGAGAUUCCUGCUCUCAAGGUGGUGAAGAAGGUGAAGUCCAUGCAGAUGUUCCAUAUGCCCGUCACCACAGCCCUGCAGGGAGACCGGCUGGGCAUCUGUGUUACCCAGUUUGACCCCAAGCUGCUGGAGCGUGGGCUGGUGUGUUCCCCUGAGUCCUUGCACACUGUCCAUGCGGCCCUUAUCUCCGUGGAAAAGAUUACAUAUUUCCGGGGUCCCCUGCAGACCAAGGCCAAGUUCCACAUCACAGUGGGCCACGAGACAGUCAUGGGCCGGCUGAUGUUCUUCAGCCCUGCCCCUGACAGCUUUGAUCAUGAGCCUGUACUGGACUCCUUUGACUUCUCUCGAGAAUACCUCUUCCAGGAGCAGUACCUGUGCAAGGAUUUGGCACCAGCCAUGACAGACAGUGCCACGGCUGACAAGAAGGUGGGCCAGGCCACAGAGGGCGGUUGCCCUCGGCAGCAGUGGGCCCUGGUGGAGUUUGAGAAGCCUGUUACCUGCCCUCGACUGUGCCUGGUGAUCGGCUCCAGGCUGGAUGCAGACAUCCAUGCCAACACGUGCCGGCUGGCCUUCCAUGGCACCCUGCUCCAUGGGCUGGAGGAUAAGAACUAUGCCGAGAGCGUCCUGCCCAUGCUGAAGGUGUACAAGCUGAAGCACAAGCACGGCCUUGUGGAGCGGGCGAUGGAUGACUACAGCGUGAUCGGCCGCUCCUUGUUCAAAAAGGAGACCAACAUCCAGCUCUUCGUGGGGCUCAAGGUACACCUGUCUACUGGGGAGCUGGGGGUCAUUGACAGCGCCUUCGGCCAGAGUGGCAAGUUCAAGAUCCACAUCCCUGGUGGCCUCAGCCCCGAGUCCAAGAAGAUCUUGACACCUGUCCUCAAGAAGCGGGGCCGUGCUGGCCGCGGGGAGGCGGCCAAGCAGGAGGAGGGCGCUGAGCGACCCGAGCCAGCACAGCACGUGACGCUCAACCUGUCUUUCAAGCGUUACGUUUUUGACACCAACAAGCGCAUGGUCCAGUCUCCCUGAGAGAGCACCCUCAUGACCUCCCCAGGGGCCUCCUUGCCCAGCCACAGCCCAGGCUGCCGUGCCAAAGGCCCAGCCAGACAUGCCUCCCCCUCUCCCACCCUCUCCCCACAGCCCUGCAGCAGCGAGCCCCACACACACCCAGGUACACCCCUGGACUUGGUGCUCAGGCCCAGGAAGACGGUGGGACGGGGGGUGGUGAGGAAUGUCACCAGGAUCAGGAGGGUCUGUCGCUUCACCCCCUGCACCUUCCAUCUGGCAUAGCCACCAGGCUCAACCAAGAAAGGGCCAGGGAACUGGUGGCCAUCUGUGGGUCAACCUCACCUCCUGCCCCCGGGCCGACAGGCACAUUGUAGCUGCAAAUAAAUGUCCGUGGCUCAGCCCACUCUGCUCAUGCC